CACCAUUCAACACACACUGGGGACAAAUUAUGAUUUACAGAAGCCAAUUAACCUACAAACCUCGCACAGCUUUGGAGGAAACCGUAGCACCUGGAGAAAACCUACGCAGUCACGCUCAACGUGAAAAUGCUUAGUUUGGUUUAGUUUGGAGAUACAGAGUGGAAACACUGAUCUUUGGCCCACCAAGUUCGUACGGACUAGUGAACACCAUAUACUAGCACUAUCCUACACACUAGGGACAAUUUACAAAUGGACCAAAGCCAAUUAACCUACCAACCUGUAUGCCUUUGGAUUGUGGGGGAACCAAAGAAACCUCGCGCGUUCAUGGGGAGAGCAUACAAACUCUGUACAGACAGCACCUGUAGUCAGGAUUGAACCCGGGUCUCUGGUGCUGUAAGGCAGCAACUCAACUGCUGCGCCACCGUGCCGCCCCCGUCUCUUAAUUGUCACUGAAUUCACUGUUCGUUGGUAGUGAACCAGGAAGUGAAGAAACGCUGGCAUCUGGUUUUGUAUUGUGUAAAGGCUGAAAGUCCCAGUGCGGAGAGCUGGACACCACGAGAUAGCCAGCGAUGAUGAUUCUCUCCACUUGGCUGCCUACAGUUCUGCUGUUGGUCUCAGUACAUGGAAACACAGCCACUGCCGAUGCCGUGUUUGCCGUUGAAGGAGGCUCGGCUGUGUUGCCAUGUACGUUCACCCUCCCGGCCACUGAUCACAUCAUCAAACUCAAGCUGCACUGGUUCAAAGGUGACUUGCGGCGUUUGGAUGCCGUUAUUACGUGUCAGUUCACUGCUCCCUUCCACUCCUCGUGCGAUGAAGUGAAGCAUGAGGCAAGAAGAGAUCGGUUUAAGUUCAUCGGGAAUCUCAGCCGGAGGGAUGCCUCGCUAAAGGUGGAGCAACUGGGACAGGAGGAUAAUGGUCUAUAUCAGUGCAAUGUGAACAACAUCGAUGGACAUCCUCUAUUACAAAAGGUCAUUCACCUGACUGUGAGAGCUCGCAAUGUCUCAUUGGUGACUGGGACUGAGGGGGCUUCGGCCACGUUACCCUGUGUCUUCUCACCGCCUCUGCCGAGGCACAUGCCUCGCACGGUCACAUGGAUGAGGAAGGAUCGCUACCGGCAAAUCGUCGCGUUCAGACCCCAAGCUGAUAGAUCCUGGGCGGCGGAGAACGGAACAACUCGGUUCGAGCUGGUCGGGAACCCAGAGCAGGGAAACGCCUCAACCAGGAUAAAGCAGCUGAGGGUGGAGGACAGUGAUGGCUACCUGUGUCUCGUGUUCUCGACCGACCAUCUGUUCCAGUGCGAGAUCCAACUGCAAGUUGCAACAGCCCCACAGUUUUCCAACACUCUGAUACUGUAUAUUGCACUUGGAGUGAAAAGCCUUGUCCUUUUGGUGAUGGGCUUCAUUUUAAUCAGGGACAAAACAAGAAGGAAUCGGGACUGAUCCACCGCUGGAGGCUGAGACACCCAUUUUCUUCAUCCAUAUGCACAUCUGCCGCUCUUUCCACACUGCCUGCCUCCGCUGAUCUCGGCUGCGCUUGUAAAGGCAAUCAUUCGAUGCGCGAUGCAUAGGCCCAAGACCAAAUUUCGUCCUGCCUACGAGCUAUCCAUCACAGUUGUACCCCACCCUAGCUUUCCCACUGGGAUUUAUGUACGAUUAUUCCCAAUAAUAAUUCUGGACAUGAAUAUACCAGUAACUAAACUUCACAAACACUCAGGGGGUGAAAUUUGGGAACAUUUAUUUUGGGCUGAGUGUGGGGAAAGAGCAGCGAGGAGUAAGAGGGAGAGGCGAUGAUGAGCGUGGAGGGAAUAGGUCAGGGGAGUGGUGGGAUAUGGAGAUUUAGAUUAGAGAUAGAGCAUGGGAGUACACCCUUUGGCCCACCAAUCCACGCCAUACAUUGAUCACCCACGCAUAUUAGUUCUAGGAUAUCCCACUAGCUCAUCAGAAGUUGGGAAUGUACAUACAGGGCAGACAGGCAUAAUAAAAUGCAUUCAAGACCGAAAUGAACCACAAGUGAAGAUACAGUAGAAGGGUAAACAAUGGCAACCUUUCACAAAGUUGCAUAAUUAUUCACACAAGUAUAAUUGUACAGAAUUGCACACAGAAUUAUUAUCAGCAUAUAACACACAUGUCAUAUAUAUGAACAAACAUGUAUUUGCAUACACAAUCCAUGUACUGCUGAUGCACGCAUUUACAAAUAACACAUGCAUAAGCAGACAAGAGUACAUGUAGACAUGGUGCAGGAUGGUACUAUGGCACAUCAAUGCACACACACAAACACACAUCAUACUAGUUUACGUUACCUCAUUUUUAUAUACACUCUUUACACACCAGCGGAAAUUUACAGAGACCAUUAACCUACAAACCCUGGGCUGUGGGAUGUGGCAGGAAACCAGAGCACCAGGAGGAAACCCAGAGGGUUGCAGGGCGAACGUACAAAUUCCACACAGACAGCACCCAAGGUCAGGAUCGAACCCGUGUCUCUGGCGCUGUGAGGUAGCAACUCUACCCAUUGCACCACUGUGCCGCCCAUCAUCCGCACACAGGGUUACCAUAGAAAUUCUAGAUCGGAAAACAGGGUUGAGGGAGAGGUACCAUUUAAUGUGGAGUUACAUAGAAACAUAGAAAAUAGGUGCAGGAGGAGGCCAUUCGACCCUUCGAGCCAGCACCGGCAUUCCUUGUGAUCAUGGCUGAUCGUCCCCUAUCAAUAACCCGUGCCUGCCUUCUCCUCAUAUCCCUUGAUUCCACUAGCCCCUUAGCUCCAUCUAACUCUCUCUUAAAUCCAUCCAGUGACUUGGCCUCCACUGCCCUCUGUGGCAGGGAAUUCCAUAAAUUCACAACUCUCUGGGUGAAAAAGUAUUUUCUCACCCAGAGACUUAAAUGACCCCCCCUUUAUUCUAAGACGUUGGGAAGAGCUCCUCUCUCCUUGUGACCUCCCAGUCACGAAUAAUUUCAAAGCCCAGCUGGUGGGCUACAGGCAGUCAAAUGGAUGGUUCCUUCUCCUUGGGUCUGUCAAGUCUCAGGGUGACCAGACCCGUAUUUCCCCAUAAAGAGUUCCUAAUCCUUGCUAAUUUUACCUUCCCCACUGUGGUGGAAUGUGUUUUCACAGUCGUAGAGACAUACGGCACACAGCAGACCCUUCAGUCCAACUCAUGCGUGCCGACCAAGGUGCCUUAUCCAAGCUAGUCUCGGAGUUUGUGAAAGUUUUUCGAUGACGCUACAAUGACUUGAAAUGCAACAAAUAAACCUGUUUUGUGCAAGGACGUUGGCUGUUCCUCUGUGAUAAUCUGCACUGCACUCAGUCAGAGCAUUCAGCCCAUCAUCCCUGUUCUAGCCCAUUUUUUUUUGGUCAGAAUCAAUGAUUCAAUGUUGCUUUUAUUGUCACUUGUGCAAACACACAGUGACAUUAUUUGCCUUACACACAGUCCAGUAAGGUUUUGAGUUUAGUUUAUUGUCACGUGUGCCGAGGUAUUGUAAAAUGCUUUUGUUGUGUGCUAACCAGUCAGUGGAGAGACAAUACCUGAUUACAAUCGAGCCAUUCACAGUGUAGACACACACAUGACAAAGGGAACAAUGUGAAUAGUGUUUAGUGCAAAAAAAGUCCAGUAAAGUCCAAUGAAAGAUAGUCCGAGGGACUCUAAUGCCAUAUUGCAAUACCUAACCACAAUCCCCAAUUACUGUACAGAAAUAUUCCACUGAGACUGCAUGCAAGAGGCGCAAGGUUUUGCCGCCAUUUAAAAGUCCAGUCUGAACUCCAGGUCUUAUGAGCAGCUCCAGAUCCAGGUGAGCCCCAGGCUGUUGCAGGGCCUCCAGCCAUCACCUUCCAUGGAUGUCUAGAUCCCUGGGAACCUCCUGCCGUGGACCUUGAGGGAUUACCUUAUUGGGGUGCAUAAGAUCACGAGGGGCAUAGAUAAAGUGAACCCUCACAGUCUUUUUUCCAGGGUAAAGGAUUCAAAAACUCGUGGACAUAGGCUUAAGGCGAGAGGGGAGAGAUUUAAGGGGGAUCUUUUAGUUUAGUUUAGAGAUACAGCGUUGAAACAGGCCUUACGGCCCACUAAGUCCACGUCGAACAAAGAUCACUCAUACACUAGUUCUAUCUGCCAUACAAGUGACAAGUUACAGAAGCCAAUUAACUUACAGACCUGUACGUCUUUGGAAUGUUGGCGGACACCGGAGCACUCGCUGCGCCCGCCGCUGAAGCCGCAGGCGGGUCUCUGCACGUCCUCCGUCCUGCCUUCUCCCCAUAUCCCCUCACUCCGCUAUUUUUAAGAGCCCUAUCUAGCUCUCUCGUGAAAUAAUCCAGAGAACCUUCCUCCACCGCCCACUGGGGCAGAGAAUUCCACAGACUCACCACUCUCUGUGAGAAAAAGUGUUUCCUCGUCUCCGUUCUAAAUGGCUUACUCCUUAUUCUUAAACUGUGGCCCCUGGUUCUGGACUCCCCCAACAUCGGGAACAUGUUUCCUGCCUCCAAGCCCUUAACAAUCUUAUAUGAGAUACCCUCUCAUCCUUCUAAACUUCAGAGUGUACAAGCCCAUUUUCUCAGCAUAUGACAGUCCCGCCAUCCCGGGAAUUAACCUUGGAGAACGUACAAACUCCGUACAGAUAGCACCCGAGGUCAGCAUCGAACCCGUGUCUCUGGCGCUGUAAGACAGCAACUCUACCGCUGUAUCGCUGUACCUGUCAUGUGAGCAGUUAAUCACAAGUUCCCUUUCGCAAGAUGUUAUUAAAAUAUUUCUGCUGCGAUCAGCUGGUGCACAUUGCACAACUAACCCUCCUGGUCCUAUUGUUUGGUAGAACCUCAGGCGCCACUUCCUCACUUCUCUUGUACAAAUAUCUGCGCAUUACAAUUAUCAUUGGAGUUGUGACCUGAGCCCUUGAUUGAGACGCUCUUUAUAUGCGGCGUGUACAAUAAAGAAUGCUGCUGAUGUAACGAGUCUUUCAGACUCACUUCGGGGAGAUAUUUCGACAGUCCCUUGAAGCUUCCACCGAGAUCGUUUGUCCAAAUUGUGGGAGGAGGAAGUUGAAGAAAUCGCGCCUGUUUCCAGGAUUGGAUAUUCUUUCACUAUUCCCGGUCACCCUGUCGGACACUGGGUCAUCGAAUGCCUGAAGACGCCUGGCGAUUAUACACACUGGGAUAAAGAGAUGGAUCACAAUAUAAACAUUAUCUUAAAUAUCACAUAUUUGUUUAGUUGAUAACAAGAGAAAAGGUCAUUUAUAGCAACAUAGAAAAUAGGUGCAGGAGUAGGCCAUUCGGCCCUUCGAGUGGUUCUAAAUCCA